GGCCAAAUCAACCUCUUUCGGCUGGUCAUCAAUCCUUCGAGCUUCGGCCAGUCAGUCGAGAACAUAUAUUAUUUGACGUUUUUGAUUCAUGACGGCAUCUGUGGCCUGGAUUACACAGAUGAUCAAGAACCCGUGAUAUUCCCAGUUCAGCGCUCUCAAAACGGUCAAAGGGACGAAGGUUUUCAAAGGCAUCAACUGGUACUUGAAUUUGACAUGGCGACUUGGAGGCGUGCCAUCGAUGUUUUCAGCAUCACACGCAGUGUCAUCCCUCAUCGCAUGUAA